AUGAAAAUUACUAAAUCAAGAAAUUAUAAAAGAAGAGAAAUGAAACAACUAGACACAGUGUAUUUAAUGAAAGUAAUACCUCAUAUCAGAGAUAUGAAAGAUAUUCAAAAUAUUGAACUGAUUAAUAAGAAAUGUGGGGUUGCGAUUAAUUCAUUAAAAGUUAAUCCAUGGUUUACAUCGGAAAAAGAUAUUAAUAAAUUUUGUAGAAUAUUUAAUCCACCAACAUGUAAUUGUAAUUUACUUCCAGUUGAUGAAACAAUAUUAAUGAAAGUUGAAAAGAUUAAAAAUUAUGAUAUUGAUAAUUUUUUAAGAACAAUGGAAAUGUUUGAUGAAGAACGGAUGAUUGAAGAAGGAGAAGAGGAAAUAGGAAUAACAGAAAAAGAAAAAGAGAGAAUAAGAAAAAUUAUUCAAAAAGUUGAAACAAUAACAUGUCUUUCAGACAUUCCAGAGGAAUUAAUAGAAAUUUUAAUUGAAAAUAUGCAAAAAGGAAUAAAAAUAAGAUGUGGUGAAGUAUUUUCAGUAUUAUUUGAACGAAUAAUUGAUAAAGUUAAAAUAAAAGAAGAAAAAUAUCCAAGUGAAAUAAUAAUUGAAGGAAAUACAAAUGGAGUAUGGAUAAAAAAUAUAGAAAAAAAGAAUAUAAGAAUUAUUUAUGAUGAUAUACCAGAAAAAGUUAUUUCUAAUACACCAAAAGGUAUUAAAGUAUAUUCUCAUAAAAUUCUUAUAAAUGAAGAAAAUAAUGAACAUAAUAUAAUACCUAUUAGAACAUCAUCAAAUGAUAUUGAUAACUAUAAUUUAUUCGAUAUUAAAAUUACUAUCAAUGAUAUUAUUAAUGAGGAGAAAAGAAAAAAAAUUCAUAACAUUCUUAAUGACUUAUACGCCAAUUGCAUUUCAUUUAUUGAACCUUUACAAAAAACAUUUGAAGAAAAUGUUCAAAUUACAAAUAUUGAGUUACCAGAAUUACCUAAACAUAUUAAAUAUCUUUUUAUUAGAACAAAAAAGACAAAGUUAAUUAUAAAUCAACAAUAUAUUGAAACAUUAAUUAUUGAAUCAGAUAAUCCAUCUAUUGAACUACUAAAUACACUUCAUUUAAAAGAAUUAAAAAUUAUUGGUGUAAAUGAAAUAGAUGAAAAACAAAGAGGUAAAUUACAAUUUGGAUUUAAACAAAAACCUAAACAAGAAGAACAAGAAAAAAAAGAAAAAGAUAAGUUAUCAUUUGAAAAUACAUUACCAAAUCUUGAAGUACUUCAAUUAAUACGAUGUUAUAAUUUAAAUAUUAACACAACAACAAAUAAAAUCAAAAAUAUUGAAAUGACUGAAUGUGAAAAGUGUCAAAUUAGUGUUAAAUCAGAUUAUCUAGAAAAAUUGAAUUUCAACAGAAAUAAAGAAAUAGAAAUUAAAAUCAUAACAGACAAAAGAAGUAAUAAUUAUAUUAAAGAAUGUGAGAAUUUCAAAUUAGAAAUAGAAUCAAACAAUGAACAAAACAUUGAUAUAAUAAAAGGAAAUAUAAUUGAAAUUAAAUCACCUCUGAGCCAAUUAAUAAUAGCAGAAUCUAAAGAAGUUAGUAUUAAAGGAAAUGAAAAAUGUAAUUCAUUGAAAGUAGUUGAAUCUACAAUCAAUGAAAUUGAUAUUAAACCAAAGAGAAUUAUAUUGAAAAGAAAUGAAGAAUACAAAAGAAUGUCAUUGAAAGAAGCAGAAGAGAUUUGUAUUAUAAGAAUGAAAGAUUCAACUUUUGAAGGAUUAUUUGAUAACUGUAAGAAAUUAUAUAUUGAUGAAUGUGAGAAUUAUAAUCUUGAAGAAGUCAACACAAUAGAUAAUGAAGAAUGUAGUAUUCCAGAAACAAAGAAGAAUACAAAAGAAGAUACAGAAAUAAUAGAUAUGAAUAAUCAAAAGAAAGACAUAGAAAUAGAAACAGAUAAGAAACAUGUUAUAAUAAGAAAUGGUUAUGACAGUAUUAUUAAAAUUAAAAGUGAUAUUAACAGUGAUGUUACAAUAGAAAAUAGUGAGGAUAUAAUAUUUGAAGGAGAAUAUGAAGAAUAUGGAAAUAUUCAAUUCAAUAAUUGUAAGAAUAAAGAACAAAAAGAAUAUAAUGAACAAGAAAUUAAAUCAAGAAUCAGAUAUGCUCAAUCAAUAAUAAUUAACAAAUGUGAGAAUAUGAAAUUUGAUAUUGAUGAAGUUAAAGAGUUAUUAGAAGUUGUUGAUAGUAAAGUUGGGAUUUUUGUAAGACCAUUCCCUUGUGAUGUAAAGACUGACACAAUACAUAUUGAAAAUAGUCAAUUAAUAUCUUUCUCUUCAUUUGCAUCAUGUAAUAAAGGAAUUAUUAUUAAUAGUAGUGGAAUUAAUAGUAUUUCAUAUUGUCAAGAAGAAGUUAUAAUGAAAAGAAUGCAAGAUGUAAAGUUUAUGUUAAGUGAAAAAUUGAAGAAACUUGAAAUGGAAGAGUGUAGUGGAAUUGAUAUUGAUAGUGAUGUUAAAGGAAAAGAAGUCAAAAUGAUAAAAUGUCAAAAUAUGAAGAUAAUUGACACUUCAAAUUCAAUUCAACCAAUUGAAUGUGAUAAUGUUAAAGUGAUAACAGAACAACAAAAUGGAAUGGGAAGUGGAUUUGGAAGAUUCUUAGCCAGUGGGAAUAUAGCAAUGGGAGGAUUUGGAGGAGAGUUUCUCCAUUAA